AUGGGAAUGCUGCUCGCCCAGCUACUCGCAUGUUGUGGCCAUCGCUCAAUGGCGUUGCCUCAGUUCUCGCUCGUGUCCACCUGCUCGACGACGCUUCAGACACGCACACGGGGGCUUCGUCGCCGCGGACUGCUGAGUGAGAACAUCGUUACCAGGUCCAGCAUAGACUUUCUCCUUGGCGACGCUGACCCUGACCUCGUACACGUGCGCGCGCUGCCUCCCGCGAGGACGUUUGUCCCAGAGCUUAACCGCGCGAGAGAAGAUAUGGCGAUUUCUGCUCAGUUUGGUGUCCACUACGCGCGCAUGGAGGUUGAGGGCCAGCCUCGUACUGGCUGGCCGGUCGAUCUUCGGACUGCAUACUGUCCCUGCAAAUACCACUUUAAAAUGGGGUACUGCUCCCACUUGCUGUUUGCUCAGCAGUCACGAAGCGUUGUGGAUGAGGCUGGCGAGGAAAUCCUUGUGAACAGGAAGCGCGUUCAAAAAGCUGGACGCCCGCAAAAUAUCGGUCACACUGUGCAGCGUCUGUAA